AUGGAGGGGCCGUCGAGGCCCCGCGAGUCGCGGCCCCGGCCGAGAGAGCGCGACCCGGGGCGGCCUCCCCGCUCCGACCGAGAGCGCCGGCCCGAGCGGCCGCGGGACGGAGCCGGGACGCGGCGCGGGGACAGGAGCAGGGACGGGCGCGGGGACGAGCGCGGCGACGGACGUGGGGACAGGAGCGGGGACAGGAGGGGGGACGGGCGCGGGGACAGGAGGGGAGACAGGAGAGGGGACAGGAGCGGGGACAGGAAGGGGGACGGGCGUGGGGAACGCUACGGGGACAGGAGCGUGGACGGGCGUUGGGACGGGCGCGGGGACCGCAGCGGGGACAGGCGCGGGGACAGGCGCGACCGGGACCGGGCGAGGGGCCGAGAGUCCCUCUACGACUUGGCCGCGCCCUGGGAGCCUGGCGAGGGGGAGCAGCGAGCUGGAGGGAGACCCCGCCCCGGCCGGACGCGGGAAGCCGCCCCGCCCCCCGGAGCAGCGCCUUGGGGACCCCCGGAGCCGCCGCCCGCCUGGAACCAGAUUUACGGGUACCGCGGGCCGGAAAGUGAGUUCGCUGCAGAGAGCUACCUGCCCCCAUACCCUGGACGCGAGGACGUGGAAUAUUACCAGUCGGAGGCCCAGGGCCUCCUGGAUUGCCACAAAUGCCGCUACCUGUGUACUGCGAGAGGUGUGGUACAGAUAGUGGAGGUGAUCCUGAACGGGAUGGUGCUCAUGUGCAUCGUGGCCUCCUACUUUGCGCUGGCGGGAUUCAGCGCCAGCUUCACCAGUGGAGGCAGCUUCGGGAACAACUAUUUUCCGUUUGAGGGCACCGAGCUGGAACAGGUUCGCCAGCUGGACCAGCAGUACACGGUCCUGCGCUCGCCCCUGAUAUACGGCGGCGUGGCCGUGUCCCUGGGCCUGGGGGUCCUCACCAUGGGCGUCCUGCUUCAAGGAGCCAAGAGCCUGAGCAGGCUGCCGCCCCGGUGGCUGCUCGUGGAGGUGGCCUUCAGCGUGCUGGCGGCUGUGGGCUACUGUGUGGGCAUCGGCUUCUACCUGCAUGGAGCCCUUCGCAUCAACGCCACGGACACGUGCAAGGCCCGGGAGAGGCUGUACGCCCGCAGAGGUCUCACGUGGAUGAACUGCCAGCUGGCUGGCACCGACGGGGCGGCCGCCACCUUCGCCUGCCUGCUGGUGCUGAUGUACAGUGCCAGCGUGGUGCUGGCCGUUCGGAACAUUCGGGAGCAGAAGCGUCUCUGCAAGGACAGCCAGUCAGUGCCCGCGAGUUACGGACACGCCCCCGAGUAUCUGUGGUCGGGAACACUCUGA